UCAAACUGAAACAUUUCAUUCACCUCCUGAUCAAAGAUGGAUAUUCAAAUCUCAGCUUUUCUUCUGUUCGUUCUUGUCACUGCAGGACACUCUCUCAGCUGCUAUCAGUGCAGGAAUGAGACGAGUUCUUGUGCGGAUCCUGGGAAUAUAACAUGUCCUAGUGGAUAUUCCAAGUGCAUGAAUGUAACAACAGUAUCGCAAUUUGGUGCAACUAAAGUGAAUGGUAGAUAUUGUGCUGGUUACUGUACAAGUGGGUCGAUGAACUAUGGCUCUGUACAGGUGUCUUAUUCCUGCUGUGACACUGACCUUUGUAAUGUACCAGAUGCUCCAGAUCCCAGCACUAACACUCCCAAUGGAAAGAAAUGUUAUUAUUGUGUUGGUCAGAACUGCUCAAACACAGUGAAUUGUUCAGGGAGUGAAGACCACUGCAUUUCAAUGACAGUGAAUUCCAAUGAAUCACAGCUUCUAAAAGGCUGUGUCUCUAAAUCUAUUUGUGAUUAUGCCAACAUAUCUUUUAGUAGUGUUUAUGGCAUCUUAUGUUGUGAGGGGAACUUGUGUAAUGGCGUUUAUAAUGUCACCCAGAACAUCAACAUCACCCAGAACAUCAACCAGAACAUCAUCCAGAACAUCAUCCAGAACAUCAUCCAGAGCGUCACUCAAAACGCCACCCAGAGCGUCACCCAGAGCGUCACUCAAAACGUCCCCCAGAGUAGCACUCAAAAUGCCACACAGAGCAUCACUUUAAAAGUCCCCCAGAGUAGUAACAGUGCUAAAAGUAUCACCCAGGGCUUCAUGUUAUUAUUUAUUGUUAACUUAAUUAAGUAAGCAAUCAAUAAUAAAAUAAGAAUAAAUUAGCUAAUUUUGAACAGAAGUAGUAGACUACUAUUACUAUUACUAAUAGAUCACUAUUGUCUGUUGUUGACUGGUAGAUGCAACUUUUCAAAUGACAUUUUGGAAAAGCAUAAUACAGUUUUGAAUGCAUUGUUUGCUUUUGCUAGAUUUGUGUGUUAGUGUGUGUGUGGUUUUAUACCUAGUGUUUUUAUUUUCACAAAUGGUUAGACAUUGUUUGCUUAAUCUUUGGCCAAUUGUCCCAUGAUUCUAGACACAAAACCACACACUCUGGAACUCGCAAUUGCUAAUAUUUACGAUGAAGGCAUUAAUAAAUAUUCAGUGUGACAAUUGUCCUGAGAUGACUUACAUGACUAUCAUGUUUGUCUUCUUAGCCAGUGAUACCCACACAACAGACAGACUUCUCAUAUAUAGACCAAACAUGUAGUAUGUAAUAUUGACAGCUAGUGGUUUAAAUGGGCACUGCAAUCCAAGUUCAAAAUAGAUCUUUCAAGUGUAGAAAUAAGGAAAAAUAUAUUGUAAUUUCCCUAUUGUGUUGUAAAGCAAAAUAAUAUACCUGUGAAAUAUUAAUUUGUAUGUGUUUUACAGUGCAGUUGUUUUGCAAUAUAAGGCUAUUACUGUCAUAGGAAUAAUAAUAAUAAAUAAAAUACAAUCAUUAUUAUAUUCUAAUUUGUUUGGAUUCCUAAAACCCCAAGUGUGCAAGUAAUGUAGUCUGAGACAAUAUAUAAUUUUGAAAUUCAAUGUGCAUUAGAUUUUAAAGAAUUUAACUUUAAAAUGUACAAAUAUCUUCCGGGGGGCAUUGAUUACCAGUUUAAUUAAUAAUUUGAUUUGAUAAACAGUGUCAGGUCAUCCCUUGUGACAUCAUACUCAACCAGGGGUCAGUGGUGUCCGAUGAAGUGUACAGUGUAUUGUGUUCCUUGGUAAAUGACAUUGUUCUAAAAUUAAAUUGUUCUAAAUAUGCUUUCAAAAGUUACUUCACUUGAGUUAAAGUUGUGACAACUAGCACCAGUAUAAGAAUA